AUGCGACCCCGCAAGUGUCUACGUCUUCUGACUUUGCUGAGCUUCGGCUGCGGCGUGACGCUGCUGGGCUUCGCACUACACGUGGUGAUAACCACAGACUUUGGCGCUAGUGCCGCAGCUCUAUCAGCUCUUGGCAUUGGCGUUGUGGUGCUCUCGCUACUGGGCUUCAUCGGUGCCGGAAGAGACAAAAGCCGCUUACUGCUAAUCUUCUUCUUCGUCAACUUCCUGCUGGUCACGGGCCUCUUUGUGGCCUGCUACACCGCCUUCUUCUUCCAGGACGCACUCGAAUCUUGGGUCAAACACCACUGGACGGCCAACGUUUUGGCGGCGCUGCGAGAUUCCUGGUGCUGUGCUACGUACAGCGAUGCCGUUGACUAUCUGGAGCACCGUGUAGUGGCCAUUGGAGCCAUUGGCGUGGCUUGCAUGCUGCUGGUCAUUGCGUCAAUGUUCUGCGUCGUCCGUAUCGUGACUGUACCCAUUGUCAUGCGCAGUAUGCUGUCGGUCAUGAAUGUUGCCUUCACACUGCUCGGCACGGGACUCUUCAUCUUUGGACUGUCGGUUAAAGUGCAUGACGAGAUGACGUCUGGACAGAGAUGGAUAGCCAUUAUCUUCAUCGUUGUCGGCACCCUCAUGAUCGCCCUCUCGGUACUGGGCAUCAUUGGCUCAAGAUCCAAGAGCCGAUCUCUGCUCCUUAUUUACAUUAUCGGCCUCGGUAGCUGCCUCGUGGCGCUUCUGGUCUGCUCUGUGAGCGCUUUCUCCUUCUCGGACCACCUGGCGUCCACGUACAACGCACACACGAGCUCAACAUUGGCCUGCGAUAUCAAUCUUUCGGGCUGUACCAACUGCACCGACGUGACCUCCGAGAUGAUCCCGUGUGAAGGGGUCAUGAAGUCAUCCGAUGGCUACUGGGUCUCGUGCAGUGCCACCUCAUUCAACAGUGGAAAUGCCAGUUCAGAUGGCGACUGCAAGGAAGGGAUGACGGUACUCAACGCCGAAGCUGACCAGGGCUACGAGCAGAACGAUGUACGUCAGUUUAUCCUGUGUCUGACAGCGCCACAAAACACUAACCUGUAUUAUGCUGCUUACUUAUUUUGUUCUUAUGCUGCAGAUUGCUCCAUGCGGCAAAUGUCCAGAAUGGUCAGCAUUUGA